GUGUCGUGCUCUUGCAUCGCCGCUCCCUCAUCGCGCCAUUGAAAGUCAGCGAAGCCCCACAGACCCGCAGAAUCCACAGUUCAACGAUCAGCAUGGCGGAGCAGGACCCGACCCCUGAGCAGCUGGCGGCGCUGGCUGCGGAGAACGAGGACGUGGAGAGCGUCAACUACAAGCCCCCCGCCCAGAAGAGCCUGCAGGAGAUCCAGGACCUGGACAAGGACGACGAGAGCCUCCGCAAGUACAAGGAGGCCCUACUGGGAGCCGCCGCCAAGGAAGCAGACCCUAAUGCAAAGAUUAAUGUGGUGGUGACGCGACUAACGCUCAUGUGUGAGACGGCACCUGCUCCCCUGACCCUCGACCUGCAGGGUGACCUGGACGUCAUCAAGAAGCAGGCGUUUAUUCUGAAGGAAGGCGUGGAAUACAGAAUAAAGAUCAGCUUCAAGGUGAAUAAGGAUAUCGUGUCGGGGUUGAAGUACGUCCAGGCCACCUACAGGAAAGGAGUGAAAGUGGAUAAGUCGGACUACAUGGUGGGCAGCUACGGUCCGCGGGCGACGGAGUACGAGUUCCUGACGCCUCUGGAGGAGGCUCCCAAGGGCAUGAUCGCCCGCGGCACCUACAACAUCAAGAGCAAGUUCACCGACGACGACAAGAACGACCACCUGUCCUGGGAGUGGAACCUCAACAUCAAGAAGGAGUGGAAGGACUAAACUCUUCCUCCUCCUCCUCCUCCUCCUCCCUCUCUCCUUCCCUCUGCAAACCAUCCCUCUGUCUUUCCUUCUUGUGUGAGAUGAUGCCCCUCCCCCCAAUCAUUGUGUCUGUCGUCAUCAUGAACGCAUUUCUGGUUUCCUUGGUGAUGGCUAAGAAACGCGCCUCGUGUUUCCACCCUCCGUCCAAGUGUCCAUAUCGUCAAUCAACACCCCCCUCACCCCCCCCCCCCCCCCCCCCCCCCCCGUUUUCUUCCACUGCUUCUUUAUAUUGUUCCCAAGCAGGCCCCCCCUCCCCCGAUUCUAGAGGAUUUUUUCAUAAAUCUAUAUGUGAAGACAAACAAAAACGUGCACAAUCCCGAUGUGUUGUGUUUUGGUUUGUUUGUGUGUAAAAGGUGAAAAUAUGCUCGUGUUAAAUGGAUGCUUCUGAGGUUGGUGUAACUAGUGGUCUUCAUCCCUCGUCUCCCAGAUCUGUCUCCACGGCGACCGACCCAUCCUCUUCCCUCCCCGACCCCAAAACAUUCCUCUUUGGCCUCUUUAGAAUUUUUCCAUUUUUUUCUUUUUCAUUUUUUUUUUUUUUUUUACCAUGAUUUGCCUUUUUUUGUUAAGUUGAUCUGGCGUUGGUGCUGCUGAUUGUGUUAUGUUAUCGUCGUCGUACAUUCCCCCCAAUGCUGUACCAGUCCCCACCCACACACAUGCACACACACACACACACACACACACGCACACACGCAGUGAUAGACUUCCCUUGGCCUCAAGACCACCCCUUAGCAAAUGAUACACAUCUCAUCAGACCAGCUGUCUGGGGAAACUUCUAGAACAUCUGUCUCUCAUUCCCUGUUCUGUGUGUGUGUGUGUGUGUGUGUUCUGAGUCGUGAGCAGCUUUGUGUAGCGCCGCUCUUCAUUCCGUGUCCUGUUUCGUGUGUUGUCCCUUCUCCACGUGUGUGUGUGUGUGUGUGUGUGUGUGUGUGUUGUCCCUUCUCCACGUGUGUGUGUGUGUGUGUGUGUGUGUGUGUGUGUGUGUUGUCCCUUCUCCACGUGGCCUUAAAAGCGGGAGACCCGCCCAACGAGCGGCCAGCAAUCGGCCGUCUCUGCCUUCCGAUCUCCACGACGACGAUCAGUCUGACGGACGACCAGUCACGCGGCGCCGCCUCCUCUCAGGCGGUUCCGUCAUCACGGUUCUAUGCGAGUGUUCUAAGACUCCUGUUUCCGUUCCUUGGAAUUUGCGUUGGAACACCCGUCAUCUGUCUCUGUCUAACCCUUCCACCGUGUGUGUGUGUGUGUGUGUGUGUGUGUGUGUGUGUGUGUGUGUGUGUGUGUGUGUGUGUGUGUGUGUGUGUGUGUGUGUGUGCGCGUGUUGGAACACCCGUCAUCUGUCUGUCUAACCCUUCCAGCGGGACCUCUCCAUCUCUUCCAGAGUGUGUGUGUGUGUGUGUGUGUGUGUGUGUGUGUGUGUGUGUGUGUGUGGUGCAGUAUUGCCCUCUGGUGGUGACUGUGCUGCACUGCACCCUGUGUCAGCUUGAUGGAGUGAAUGAGAGGCCUGUGUGUGUGUGUGUGUGUGAAGGCCAGUAGGGAUACAGGAGUCCAGCGCUACCGUCGCCACCCGUUUCACACUGCUGCCGUGGCGACGGAUUUGAUUGACACUCCACCAAUCAUGAGCCCGACGCCGCUAAACGCACGCCUAAUUUUAAAGCUGUUUUGAUGUGGACGGGUUUAUUGAUGGAUGUACAGAUUGAUUGAUUGAUUGAUUGACUAAUUGAGUAAUUGAUUGAUUGAGUGAUUGAUUUUGUUUACCCUUUCCGCUCCUGGCACUUCAACCCAACGCCCUUUCAGCCUUCUGGCACGUCAUGUGGCACUAACUACAUCCCACCACUAGGGGGAGCCACUCAGACAAGGACGCUUGAGCUCAUCAGGCAGGGAAAACACACACACUCUCCACUAAUAACACACCUCAUAUGACAUGUCACACAAGGGCUGCAACUAACACACACACACACACACACACACACACACACACACACACACACACACACACACACACACACACACACACACACGCCUCAGGAACAUGUCUGUGCUACAACACACUUGGGAGGUCAUUGUUACCUCGAUGUCAUCAGAAAGGAACUUCCUACAAGAGCUGCUGAGCUUUUUCCACAUGAUGUGCUCGAUCAACAAACCUAUUGGGAGAGAGAGAGAGUGAGUGUGUGUGUGUGUGUGUGUGUGGACUCCUUGACACCCUAGUCUUACCUGUUAAAUCAGUCCUCGACUCGUCUCCUCUAGAUGUCGAUUGGACGAUGUGAUGACCCUCUGGUUCCAGCCCACGAGACUCGGCCACAGUGUGUGUGUGUGUGUGUGUGUGUGUGUGUGUGUGUGUGUGUGUGUGUGUGUGUGUGUCAGUCCUCCAGAGUGUGUGUGUGUGUGUCAGUCCUCCAGAGUGUGUGUGUGUGCGAGAGUCCUGUCUGGUUGACUCCACUGUCCUCUCCAUCUUCUUAGGGCAUCUGUCAUAUCUUUAAAGGGGUUCUUGUCAUAUCUUUUAAAGGGUUUCUUGUCAUAUCUUUUAAAGGGUUUCUUUGUCAUUUUUCUCACAUCCAUCACAGUUGGAGAUUACUGUACGCCUGUGUCAACAUUAAAAGUGUUCAGAAGAAA